GUUAAUAAUAUAGUAUUGAUAAAUAAAUUUAGGUUUAUCUAAAACUUGUUAUAGUUGCAUAUGCGAAAUAUUCAUUCAUAAUGGGUGUUCCUAAGUUUUAUCGAUGGCUUUCAGAAAGAUACCCUUGUCUUAGUCAAACAAUCAGAGAGCACAAGAUUCCCGAAUUUGACAACUUAUAUAUUGACAUGAAUGGUAUUAUUCAUCCAUGUUCUCAUCCAAAUGAUGAAGACCCGCAUUUCCAAAUUACAGAAGAGGAAAUUAUGAUGAACAUAUUUGAUUAUAUUGAAACUUUGUUUCGAAUCAUUAAACCAAAGAAAAAUUUCUUUAUGGCAGUUGAUGGAUGUGCACCUCGUGCAAAAAUGAAUCAACAAAGAAGCCGACGCUUUAGAACAGCUAAAGAAGUUGGAAUUUCUAUAGAAAAUGCUAUUCAACGAGGAGAAACCUUACCUAAAGGAGACUCUUUUGACUCUAAUUGCAUUACUCCAGGAACAGAGUUUAUGGACCGACUACAUCAACAACUCAAGUACUUUAUUAAUUAUAAAAUUUCAACUGAUCCUCUUUGGAAACACUGCGUUGUUCACUUUUCUGGACACAAUGUACCUGGUGAAGGAGAACAUAAAAUAAUGGACUACAUACGCUAUUGCAAAUCAAAACCUGAUUAUGAUCCAAAUACAAGGCAUUGUCUUUAUGGGCUGGAUGCUGAUUUGAUCAUGCUUGGUCUUAGUGUUCACGAACCUCAUUUUUGUUUACUGCGAGAAGAAGUCAGAUUUGGUGCCAAAUCAAACAUAGUGUUAUCUCCUGGAGAUCAGGUCUUUCAUCUGCUGCAUUUAUCAUUGCUUCGUGAAUAUCUUGACCUUGAAUUUUCUUCUAUGAAGGAGAGUCUUGAGUUUGAAUAUGAUUUGGAAAAAAUUAUUGAUGAUUGGAUUUUUCUUGGCUUUCUUGUUGGAAAUGAUUUUGUACCACAUUUGCCACAUAUGCAUAUUAAUCAUGAUGCUUUGCCUUAUUUCUACAGUGUUUAUAAAGAUUUUCUGAUUACUGCAGAUGGUUAUAUCAAUGAAGGAGGUGUUGUAAAUUUGACAAGACUAAAGCAGUUUUUUGGUUGUGUCAGUGAUUUUGAUUAUGAACUCUUUGCUGAAUGGAAAAAAACCUCAAGUGGUAUAAAAAGUAAAAACGAAGAGAAUGAUAAAAAGAUUUUUUCAUUGGAAAAUCCAGAUGGAACAGAGGGCUUUGCAAACGCAUUUGCAAAUUUUUCAUUUAAUGGAAGCCUGCAGAAAAAGAGCAAGAAGUUAAUAAAAGUUAAAGGUUCAGAUAAAGAUCUAGCAAUAGUUGAUGAAUUUACAGAACACAAACAAAAUUAUUAUGCAGAAAAAUUUGGUAUGAAUGUCAAAAACAACAUUGAGAUGCAGACAAUAUGUUCAAAUUAUGUUACAGCAUUACAAUGGAUAUCGCACUAUUACUUCAAUGGUUUGCAAUCGUGGAGUUGGUAUUAUCCUUAUCACUAUUCCCCAUAUAUGUCUGACCUUGCCAGUUUUGAAUUAGAGAAAAUAAGUAUGGAUCUUGGGACACCAUUUCGACCAUUUGAACAGCUUUUAGCAGUUUUACCUGCUGCUAGUGGCAAACUUCUACCUAAGGCGUUUCAGAACUUAAUGGUCGAAGAGACAUCAACAAUAAUUGAUUAUUACCCCUCAGACUUUCAAACAGAUUUAAAUGGGAAAAAGCAGCAGUAUGAAGCUGUUGUUCUUAUACCAUUUAUAGACGAGAAGCGUUUACUUGAUGCCAUGGCACAAAACUAUGAUCAACUGACAGAGGAAGAGAAAUCUCGCAACACCUUUGGAAAUGCUUAUGAGUUCAUGUAUGAUGAAAAUCUCAACUUAACUUAUCCUUCAUCUCAUCCUGGUUUAAAUGAUAUUACUCCAUGUAAAGUUAAACAGGUUGAAAUUUCUCAGGACCUUUACAGAUUAAAGAUCAAUGAUAUAAAGAAAGGUCUGUCUAAAGGUGCACAGCUUGACAUAUAUUCACCAGGAUUUCCAACAUUAAAACACCUAAAACAUAAAUGCUUCUUUACACAGGCUGGUAUCAAAGUAUUUAAACACAAAAGUAAAAUUGAGAAUGCAAUUAUUAAAAUAACAGAACAAAAAAGUAUGGAUAUUGAAGAAACAGCUAAUUUGAUGAUUGGAAAGUCAGUUUUUGUUGAAUGGCCAUAUAUGGUUGAAGCCAUGGUAACCUCAGUGAUGAACGAAGAUCUUUGCUACUAUCUAACUAAUGAAAAUGAGCUUGCUAUGAAGAUGGUUGAUGGAGAAGAUUAUUCUAAUUUUAAAAAGGAAAUAGCUGUCAUUUCUUCAUAUCAUCUAUUUGAGCGAGGAAUAAAUCUAGGAGAUGUGACCACGAUUGUGGCAGCUAAAUUGCUUUUGGGUGAAAAGUAUAAAUUUGAUGGAGGUAAAGCUAGUUUAGUAAAAGAAUGGUCCCAGACUCCUACUUUUUAUCCAUUGCAGACUAUAGUACAGGAUGUUUCUGUUUGCAAAAGAGAAAAGAAUGUUAUUAAAUCUACAUCAGACUUGUUUCCUGUUCAUUCUCCGUGUGUUAUCUUGUCGCAACCACAUUAUGGGUUCACAGGAAAAGUUCUUCAAUAUAACGAAAAGAAUGAUCACAUAAAUGUCCUAAUUAACAUUCUGAAAGAACCGAAUUUUUCAGAAACAAUGUUUGAAUCUCUUUCAACAGAAUAUGUCUCUUCUCACUCGAUUGCAAAACAAAUGCAAAUUCCUAUCGACGUACUUUCAAGAAUCACUGGUGAUGUAUUUGUAACAAAGGGUAGUAACCAAACUGGUAUUAUGUCUUAUAACCUUGGUUUAAAAAUAAAAUACACAAAAAAAAACUUAGAGAUGCUAGGUUAUGCAAGACGCUCUGCCUUUGGUUGGUUUUAUUCAGCAUCUGCAGUUAAUCUUCUGAAUGAAUACAUGAAAAAGUUUCCAGAAGUUUUUCGUGGUUUAGAAUCUAUGGCUUCAUCAGAUGUUGACAGUUUUAAUUUUUCUGAUUUAUUUCCACAGCAAAGUGAGGAUUACUUGGAUCAUGUUAGCCUUUAUUUGAAAAAUCUACCAUGUUAUGAUGGGCAAUUAAUUAGGUGCCAGAGCAAUGUUCUAGAGGAACCUGUUGUGAAUCGAAUAGAGCAAGCUGUUAAUGAAAUAAAAGACCAGCAAAAAAAAAGUUUGAAAUUCCAAGUGAAACCUGAAAAUUUAUUUCUUCCGACUGAUUCACUAUACAAUGUCCCACAGGACAGAGAAAUAUUUUUGUUUGAUCGCGUUGUAAAUAUUCAAAAUGGCAUUAAUGUUCCAUUUGGUAUGAGAGGAACUGUUAUUGGAAUACACAAAGUUUUAAUUGAUGAAAAUAGUAUUCGUGCAAAAAGUGAGCUACGAUAUGAAGUACUUUUUGACGAUGUUUUGCUCGGUGCUUCUGUGAGGUCAAAAGAUCCUCGUGGUUAUAUAUUGAAAGCAGAUUCUUUAAUUGGAUUAAUUCCAGAAAAAACUAAAAACGAUCGUCGUAAUUUGCACAAUGCAUCUCUAAAUUUCCAAUGGAAAAAAGUACCUGGCAUUGGUUGGCGAAACUACAGUACAUAUAGAUCUUCGACAGCUUUUUGCUUUAAAAGGCCUCAUAUAAACUUACAUCAACGAAAUUUCUUUUCCAUUAUCAAGCCAUCUCGCUCAUCGAUUAUAAGCGUUGCUUUUGGUGGACUUUUAGUUUCGUCUAUGUAUUUAUUUCGUGUAUGACUUUUAGAUUUUAUAUAGUGUAAAUACUUUUUUUUAAAUAGACAAGUUUGUACAAAGUUUCUUGUUAUUUAAAUGAAAUUUAUCGAA